AUGUCUGCAAUGGAAGGAGAACUUUUAGUUAAACUCGUGGAGUUGGAUGAUAUUUAUCUUGCUAUUCAUAAUGGAGAUAAUAAACGUUUUGAUAACAAUAUACUAAGAAGUGGAGAAUCCACUAAAACAUUGUCAAUUCAAAAAAAAAUUGGACAAGACCAAAGAAAAGGAACAGGUCAACAUUUAAUAGUCGGCACGAAUAAUCCACUAAUUAAUCUUGAUAAUAUUCUUGCAAACCCAGGACGUUCAUACCAGCAUACAGUAGAGGAG